CGGAGCAGAAAGCAAUUAACAUAAAUGACAGAUAGCUCACACUCUACCACUGGCAGCGGUGAGCCUUUGGAACGUUGUGCAGCCCGAGGACAGACACAUUGGGAUCCACGUGAAGGUUGUGUAGCCAGGGCGUAUGAUUGAUAACCGAUGCGGCCAAUGGUAGCGCGCUGACCUGCCGGUCUCCUGACGUGACAAUGGCCUGGCUCUCAGGACACGGGCGCUGUCAGCCAAUGGGAGAAGUCGAGGGCCGGACUUGUCACGUUCCACGAUGCGUGCAGCCGUGCGAACCAAGUGCAACAUUGCGAGCGAUACUGGAUCGUGCUUUAUUGGCAGUAAGGGGAUCGCAGCGGAGUAAGACUGACAUCAGAGAAUGGCUGCCUUUUCAGAAUCUGGUUUCCAAGAGGCUGAGAUGGUCCUGCAUUCAAGUAGCGCCGAUAUUCAGGAUCAGACACAAGAUCGGGAAGUACAGCAGCUACAUGAUGAUGUGGAGAUGAAAAGUAAUGGCUCAAGUGGAACUGAUUCAAAUGUGAAUGAAUUUUCAGAAAGCUCAAGCAGUAGUGCCAGUCAAAAUGGAAAAGAUUCAGCUCUACUUUUGGAUUCAUUAGAGAGUAGCAAAAGUACUAAUACAAAGAAAAGAAAACGAAGAUUUGAUGAAGUAUAUAUCCGAAAUAAGAGGCUUCCUUUCAUGCCUCUGUCAUUUGAAAAAUGUAAUCCUACUGACAGUUCCAACUCCCAGAGCCUGUCCCUUCGCAGCAGCUCAAAUGGAUUCAGUCUCAUCAGUGCUAGCUCAGAACAAGACAAUCCCUCAACAAGUGGUUGCAGUAGUGAUCAAUCUGCUAAAGCAAAGACACAGAAAGAGUUGAUAAAAGCCUUAAGUGUCUUAAAAAGACACCUUCCAUCUGAUAAGAUGACUAAAGGAAAAUCCAGGACACUUUCUACACUGAAGUAUGCACUACGAUGUGUAAAACAAGUCAGAGCUAAUGAAGAAUAUUACAAGUUUCGAAUGAAUGAUGACUCUGAACCAAGUAGCUUGAGUAUAAACUCCUUCACCAUUGAUGAGGUCGAGAACAUCACAUCUGAAUAUACUUUGAAAAAUACUGAUAUCUUCGCUGUAACUGUUUCUCUGAUUACGGGACAGAUUGUAUACAUCUCUGACCAAGCCUCCUCAAUUCUGAAUUGCAAUAAAGAUGUCUUCAAAAAUGUCAAGUUCACAGAGCUCCUUGCUCCACAAGAUGUUGGAGUUUUCUACAGCUUUACAAAGCCAUCUCAGCUGCCUCUGUGGAGUGUGUGCACAGCUGCUGAUUCAUCACCACCGGACUGCAUGCAAGAGAAGUCUUUCUUUUGCCGUAUUAGUGGAGAUCGACAACGAGGUCACAACAUCCAUUACUAUCCCUUUCGUAUGACAACUUACCUCACAAAGGUGCGGCUAUCUGAAGAUGAUGAUGACCAACUCUGCUGUCUGUUGCUUGCUGAAAGAGUGCAUUCAGGCUAUGAAGCACCAAGAAUUCCUCAUGAUAAGAGAGUUUUUACCACGACACACUCUCCCAGCUGCGUAUUCCAGGAUGUUGAUGAGAGGGCUGUUCCUUUGUUGGGUUACUUGCCUCAAGACCUAAUUGGAAUGCCUAUGCUGAUGCAUCUGCAUCCAGAUGAUCAACCUUUGAUGCUAGGCAUUCAUAAGAAAAUACUGAAACACGCUGGGCAACCAUUCGAACAUUCACCUGUCCGAUUCUGCUCUCAGAAUGGUGAAUACAUCACCAUUGAUACCAGUUGGUCAAGCUUUGUUAAUCCAUGGAGCAGAAAAGUGUCCUUCAUAAUUGGAAGGCACAAAGUCAGAACGGGACCGUUGAAUGAAGAUGUAUUUGCUAAUCCGGGAAUUACUGAAACAAAGACACUUAGUCCUGAAAUCCAGACAAUCACUGAGCAAAUUCGUCAGCUUUUGCUACAGCCAGUUUACAAUAAUGGUUCCAGUGGAUAUGGAAGUUUGGGAAGUAAUGGAUCCCAUGCACAGUUCAUGAGUGUAGCCUCUUCCAGUGAUAGCAGUGGUAACAUUAAUGAAGAAAGUCACUGGAACAAGCCGAUGACAUUUCAGAAAAUUUGUAAGGAUGUGCAUUUGGUCAAAAAUCAAGGACAAGCAAUGUUCAUUGAGAACAGAGGAAAGAGUGAAUCAAAACGCAGACACAAAAGCGUAACACAACAAAGAGAAACUUGUGGCCAGAGCAAAGACUUUAAAGCCAGUUCAUCCAAGGGUGCUGCACCCAGCAGUGCCGUAAAAAACAUGCUGUUGGAUGAUUCAAGAUGCAAGGAGCAGCCAGUAUAUUGUUAUCAGCAAAUAAACUGCUUGGACAGUGUAAUAAGGUAUUUGGACAGCUACAAUAUUCCAAGCACUGUGAAAAGGAAAUGUGAAUCCUCAUCAGCAUCUGAUGAUGAUAAAGAAAAAAAUAACAUACAGGUUUCUAAAGAGGCACCACCAUUACCGCAACAGUCUGUCCGAGUUCCUUUUAAAGUUGCAAAGGAGGUCUCCACCGGAACGGUUGUUGGCACUCCCUUAACACCACUCUCCUUACCAAGAAAGGCGGCAAGUGUCACCAGCCAGUGCAGUUACAGCAGUACUAUUGUCCACGUGGGAGACAAGAAACUACAAGCAGAUGCAGAAAUCCUGUUGGAGGAUGGGCUUGGUACUACUGACUCUGCAGAGAACAUGGCAUCUACUACACUGGUCACCGCUGUGCCUUCUGUGAGCCAGGAAAAGGAACCAUACAAGAAACUUGGCCUCACCAAAGAGGUUUUGGCUGCUCACACUCAAAAGGAAGAACAGAUAUUUUUGAGCAAGUUCAAGGAGCUGAGCAAACUAAAAACAAUAGAGACUUCCUGCAAAUCCUACUUAGAAGAUCAGUACAAAGGAUGUUCAGGAGAUUGUGGCUCUCAAGGAUUCAAACCUGGAUGGAAUCGUGCUGAACCUGUGUACAAAAAAGGCGGAAAGAAUAAGAAGCUGAAAUUGAAACGCAUCAAACAGCAGGAAUUGUCUGACAGUGCUCCGUCUCACACCAACCAUCAUACACCAUCUUCCUGGUCCCCGUCCACUGUCUCUCAGAGUAGAUAUUCAGCUUUACCAUUUACAACAGUUUUGCCACCCUGUCAACUGCCAGUAUUUUCUCCACAUGGAGGAAUGCCUCCUACCACUGACCCUUCUCUGUCUAAUUUUGAAAAUGCCCAGGGUGUUCACUGUACCACACAGCCUCCAGCAUACUCUGCACCCCUAGUAACCCCUAUGGUAGCAUUUGUGCUUCCUAAUUACAUGCUGCCUCAGAUGAAUGACAGUGUGCACCAGCCCUUCUUUGCAAGUCAGGCACCAUUCCCUUCACAAUCUGCCUUUUUAUCACAGACGCCAUUUCCUGCACAGACUCCAUUCCAGUCUCAGCCACAGUUUGCAUCACAACAUUAUGAUCCACCAGGAGAAGGUGAGAAGGCAGCUGCACCAGAAUCUCGAGGUGCCCCAUCGUGCUGCUGUACUCCACAGUCAGUAGGCCCUCAAGGCCACACUUCUCCUCCAUUAUUCCAGUCCAGGUGCAGUUCGCCUUUACAGCUAAAUCUGCUGCAGCUGGAAGAAAUGCCCAAAUCAUCAGAAGGAAUUGCAGUUGUUGGACUUGUAGGUGGAAGUGGAUCAAUGGUUGAUGGAGGAGGGAUGAACAAUACUCCCAAUAUUGCGAAUGUGGACAUUGUAAAAGAUGAAGCAGAACUGGCUGUAUCACCUGAUGAACCUCAGAACAGUGAUGCUCACUCCACUUCCACUGACCUAUUGGAUCUAUUACUUCAGGAUUCACUAUCAGGCACUGGAUCUGCAGGCUCAGGGAGUGCCAGAUCAACAGCUUCAGGCUCUUCAGGCUCUCCUUCGAAUGGGUGUGGAAUGUCAGGAACUGACACAGGAAGCAGUCAUCUAAGCAACACCAGUAAAUAUUUUGGAAGCAUUGAUUCCUCGGAGAAUGACCACAAGUCGAAACUCGGAAACUCCAAGAAGACUGACCACCUCACUAAUUGUGUACUCCAGGACCCAGUCUGGCUCUCAAUGUCAAAUAUAGAUGAAAGAACAAUGAUGACCUACCAACUUCCAUCCAGGGACAUUGAAACUGUUUUAAAAGAAGACCGAGAAAAGCUGAAAAUGAUGCAGAGAAAUCAACCAAAAUUCACAGAGGAUCAAAAAAAAGAACUCUAUGACGUUUUCCCUUGGUUUAAGACAAAUAUACUGCUAAAAACCUUUGAUAACACAGAUUUGGCUUGCUGGGAGAAAAAUGCAUCACAAAGCAACUCGACAAUAUUCGAUGCAGAAAUCCAUAAUCUAGAAUUGAAUGGGUUGAUGGAACCAAACCACAAUGUUGGCUAUCCACCCUUGAACUUUACAAUUGAAGAGCAAAAACGUGCAGAAAUAGCAACCUCUAAUCUGGAAGUAGCAACAGCCACAUUUGGAAACUCUGCAAGUUGAAAGUGUUUUGACUUUGUAAACGAACUUCUACUGAAUAGGUAUGAACACAUAGAACUCGUUUUUGGAGUUUUCAAGAAACUGCAUCUCACCUUCAAUGAGAUGUUCAAGCUUAAGAAAAAUGAAGGAUUUUAUGGAACUAUUUUUAAAUGGGUGUAUUUAAUAUCAUAAAUUGUCGCUUCAAGCUGAUAUCUAAAUGUAUCUGCACUUUUUAACAUGUAUUCAUGGAGUCUGGUUUUGUUGUACUUGAUAGACCUUUAAAUAUGUGUAUUGUUAAUAUGACAUUAGGAUUUCUAAAUGUAUCCAGUUUUUUGCUGUUCUAAUCAUAAAUCUGAUUUGACAGUCAGUUGUACUUUAUGUACUAAUUUCAUCAUGGAUAAAUAUCUUUGUGGAAUUUUGUAAUCCCUUUUACAAACAUGCUGUCUAGCUGUAUAAAUUUUAUAGUGGUAUGCAAGGAGCUUUGUUCUAUGAAUUCAAAUAUUUUAACAAUAUUCCAGUGAUUGGAAACACUACAAAGACUAGUAACUUGGUGAUGACCUAUAGAGUAAUUGUAGUCUCUGUUAGUAUUCAAACAGAUCUGUGUACAUGGAUGUUCAACUGUAGCCUUAAAUGGAGUCAUCCUAAUUUCUGAAUGUUGAUUGGAAUAUGCAGCAAGAUGGUAUUUUUGACAUUGAGCCUCAUUGAAAUGGACUGUCAAAGUAUACAACAAUUAUUUGGAGAAAUGAAACUACAACAGCAUAUUCCAACUCUGGACCAAAGAAUUAAACAACGUGCUCAAGAAAGGCUGAAGUAAACCACAUUGAAAUGUAUAUGUAACUUAUCCAGUCUUUGAAACGAUAUAACGUGGGACAGACCAGUGCUUCAUUAAAUUCACUCCUCAGUACUGUGUUGUGGAUGUUGUGAAAGACUAACAGUUUUCUUGAGGUAUGUUUUUGAGGAUGUGUGAUAUAGGAUUUAUUCGGCAGUGUCACAUACAAGAGGUAGACAACAUUUCACCAAUUUAUAAACUUUUAAACUUUUUUUGAAGAAGUCCUGUUUUCAUAAAACAUCCUAAUUGUCAGCUUUCCUUAUGGAAAUUUAAACUUUUAUGCACAAGUUAUCCAUUGAUGCUAGAUAUUUUAAAGGUUCUCUCAAAUAAUGUUUAAUGUGAUGUGAAGUGUGAUAAUUUUAUGAUAGUGUCUACUAUUUGCCUUAUUUGACACUGGGUAGCAAAUUAAGAUAUAGGUUUCAAAUUUAUAUACUCCUUAUUGGGGUUUCCAGGUAGGAAUGCUGAUAUAAGGUAGAAUUCCACAGAGUAGUGAUCUGUAGGAUUUCUGGUGUCCAAUAAAGCUAGAAGUUUUACUGUCGUGUGGGCAUUAUCUCUUGGUCACAUAACCAAAACACAGGAAUGUGAAUUACGCUCUACCACUAUUUUAUUAGCUGCUAUAAUCCUUGUGGCCAGUUUACUGACUUCACUUUUUUCCCCUGCCUUCCGUGUGAAUUUUUUUUCAUUUGAGAAACUGAUUUUGCCCAGAAUUCUCAAGUUAAAAGUUCCUCUUAUUUUCAGUGGCCCCACACAAAAAAAUGGUUGGCCUGUGAUGCAAAAGAUGACAAUAAGUUUAAUUCUGCAGAGUGAUAUUUAGAGGCAUUGGUAAAGCAUGGCUCACCAGUCAAAUUGUUUCAUGAAAUAAAUCUCAGCUCCAGUUGUACACUUUAUACUGUAUAAAUUGGAUGAACUAAAUUUAAGAAAAUGUAUAUUUUUUCCCCUUUUCCUUUCUCUCUUUGUCUAUCUGUAAAAGAGAAAGAUAAUAAUACUGUGAAGGAGCAUGUUGUGUAGCAAGUGUAAGAUUUGGGAAUACAAGUCAUUCUUAUUUUCUUCCUACAGAAUGUUUUGGUUUUGAAACUUUAUAGCUACAUGACGUCCCACAGUCCAAACCAGUAACUUUGCCUGUUAGAAUACCAUUGAUUUUGUAGCGUAUGCCACAUAUUGCUCAAUAAUUGAUAUGGUUGAAACAUCUUUCCCGGACUAAAAGCUGUUUCCCAGCUUUGCAGAUGUUGAUCAAUAAAAAGCUGCAAUUUGGCUUUCUCUUCUGUAUCUGUCAGAGUUCAUAGCCUGCCUGUUAUGUAGCAGUGCCUUAUUUCUGUCUGGAUUCUCUCCUGAGCUUUUAAUGAUCAGAAGCGUAUACAGGUGUUGAGAAUCAUAGCCAUAAACCUAGGUCCAACACAUUACAGUAUCACAUUUGAUCGAUUUCAAGCAUCAUUGGUCUGUCCACAAGUUUCUGAAAUACAAAAAUGAAUUUGCUUAUUUAAAAUUUACUCUAUUUUAAAGAUUUGUUAGCACAACUUAAUUGAAGGUUUCAUAUUGUGAUGUUAACGCUGUGCCACCUUCCUAUUAAUGGCUAACAGUGACCAGAUUUCUUUGGGCUUGUGAAAAAACAGUAACCUAAUCUUAUCAAUAUCAGUUAUGUAACAGAUCCUUCUGCAAGAGCCCAGUUUGAUUUUUAAAAUGCUCAAUUUUUCUAUUUCUAUGUGGGAUGUCACCUGCACAUGAAUUGUUAUUGCUGAAUAAAUGAUUGCAGAAUGUGUGCCGAUGGCUUUAUUGUAAUGUUGGCUGAACUCGACAAUACAAAAUAGCUUUGACAUCAUGAGGGUUGGCCAUUCACCCAAGAGUUAUCAUCAACAAUGUAAAUAGUCCAUGGCAUAGCUGGACUUGAUAACUCGUCCAAGUCAAUAAAUAAAAAUUCCCAUAGAGUAUAACCAGCCCACUGUUUAACAUAAGUUACUCAUAAGAUAUCGCAAGUAUGUUUUAGAAUUAAUUUGCUUCUCUUUAAGUAAGGAAGAAGGCUUAAUAUUAUAACUUGGACAUGAAUGCAUCUUCAACUAAAUUCUACAGUAAACUUGUUUUCUUUUUGAACGAGAAAGAUCAGAAAUUUUUAAUUUACACUGUUGUUACCCUUAAUCUUUGGGAUCUCAGAAAUGAAUCAGAUAAUUUCCUAGUAGCAUUCUUUAAUUCUGGUACUGGCUUCCUUUUCUGUUGGGAUCUUUAAAAUUUAUAGCUCUUCACAUCAAAUGGAGGGUGAUUUUUUUAAAAAAAAAACAAUAAACAACUAAAUCCGUGAAAAUUGACCGACUGCAUUGGUUACUGCCAUCCAAACCUGUAGCACCAAGCCCCUCAAUCUGUUGAAGAAUUCAAUUAAAAAUUGAAAAAGUAUAUAUUUGAUCGCUUUUUAAUACACUAACGGUUACAAUUUGUGUUGCACCCUCAUGUUCGUUCUUUUAUGUUGAAAACACUUGACUGAGAUUUUUUUAAACAAAUAAACUAUUCCAGUUCAAUUUUAAA